AUGGGCGUUCACAGUUUGCUCAGGCUCCAAGAAAUGAGUUGUCAACUAUCCAAAUGCGAAAAUCAAAUGAAGAAUUACCUUAAUGAAUUAGAGCUUGAGAAACAAAGGACUCAGGAUUAUGCAUCUGCUCUGACUGCAUCACAUAAUGAAAUGAGACAGUGCCGGGACAAGGAGAGACGUCAAUAUGAGCUCAUCUCUAGUCUCAAAUAUCAAUUUGCGGGCUGUAAACAAAAAUGCACUGGAGAGACGGUAAGGACAACCAGCACAGACAUCAAGAAACACCAGCGACUAAGCAGAAAAAUUGAUACGGAAAGAUUGGAGGUAGCUGAACACAUCUCCCUUACUGGCAAGAUAAUUGACUGGAGGGCAACGGAAAGACUGGCCUCAUAUGGAGAGAACAUCACAAGACAGAAGCUUAAGAAGGCUGUGGACAUCCUCUUUCAAAGAAACCUGAUAAACAGGAGAUUUUCUGUGGCAUUUGGUUUGUCAUCUUUCUGCAGUUUUAGAAAAUCUUAA